AUAUCAAUUCCCACUCCCACUCAUCUCUUAUCCUCUCCUUAGUUUUAAUUUACUCAAUGGCUUCACUUCCACUUGUUUUCUUCUUUUUAAGCUUUUGCUUCUAUUCUACUUUUGCUGAUUAUGGAGGAUGGCAAACUGCUCAUGCCACUUUCUAUGGAGGGGGUGAUGCCUCUGGCACAAUGGGGGGUGCUUGUGGAUAUGGAAAUUUGUAUAGCCAAGGGUAUGGAACUAACACUGCAGCACUAAGUACAGCACUAUUCAACAAUGGUUUAACUUGUGGUGCUUGUUAUGAGCUCACUUGCAACAAUGCAGCUCAAUGGUGUCUCCAAGGGACUAUUACUGUCACUGCAACUAAUUUUUGUCCUCCGAACCCGUCUCUACCUAACAAUAAUGGUGGUUGGUGCAAUCCUCCUCUCCAACAUUUUGAUUUAGCACAACCUGCUUUCUUGCAAAUUGCUAAAUACAAAGCCGGUAUCGUCCCUGUAUCUUUUCGAAGGGUGCCCUGUAUGAGAAAAGGAGGAAUAAGGUUUACAGUAAAUGGACACUCAUUUUUCAACUUGGUUUUAGUGACAAAUGUUGGAGGUGCUGGUGAUAUUCAAUCAGUUUCAAUUAAAGGGUCUAAUACUGGAUGGCAAGCAAUGUCAAGAAAUUGGGGCCAAAAUUGGCAAAGCAAUUCUAAUCUAAAUGGUCAAAGUCUUUCAUUUCAAGUCACCACAAGUGAUGGAAGGACACUCAUUAGCAACAAUGCUGCACCAAAUAAUUGGCAAUUUGGACAAACUUUUGAAGGGGCUCAAUUUUAAUUUAUUUACUACAAAGCACAAAUUGAGGGGUUUUCAACUUGUAAUUUGUAUAUGGCAUAAAAGGGGUGAGUAGGUUUGGGAGAAAACUCCUUAUGGUGGGGGGUUUGGCUCUAUUGCUGUGGUGGCUGGUUUGCACCCGCUUAGGCCUAUUAGUAAUUUUAUUUUAUUUUUACAAUUUUAGAGAUAUUUGAUUAGCGGCCAUUUAUGGAUUUGAGGGUCACUUGAAUAUCACAUAGAUUUGUCUAUUAGUAGUUCCUAAUUCAUUGUGUAAGCAGAAUUAGGGCAACUUAAUGUCAUCAUGUUAUCCUUCUUUAUAAUUGCUUUGGUUCAUUUUCUU